AUGAGUGUAGAAGAACAAAAAACAGAGCAAAAGCUCGUAUUCAAAUCCUCCUCUUUACAAUUUCAAAGUGCCAACAAAAAGAAGUGCGUUUGGAAAGGACUGAAACAAAUCAUUUCGUCGGAGAAGGCUCUGCCUUGGCCGGAUAAUUGCGUUCAUUACGGGUCUAUUAAUGCUCCACCAUCGUUCAAGCCUCCAGAGAAGUUCUCCGAUUUGUCUGGACUGCCUGCACCCUACACGGAUCCACAGACUAGGUUACGAUUCGCUAAUAAAGACGAGUACGCUACCAUAAUCGAGCUACCCAUGGACAUAACCGCAGGGUACUUGACUUUAAGGGGCGCUACUAGCAUAGUAGGAUGA